UUUGCUGGAUACAGUCUUCGUCGUGACGACGUCUCAUGCUUUCUAACAUGUCACGUCCGUGAAGAGACAGCAGCGGGCGAGGACAGCAUGUUUGUCCCAAUUGAGUGUGACUGGCCGAUGCUGAACUGUUCCGAACAAAGUGCGGACUCGGCUUGGGCCCACGGUUCUGUGACUCCAAUGCCUCGCUGCCGGCCGUCGUCUGUCCCGUCGUGGCGAACGUCGUCGAGGCCAGCCACUCAGAAGGCCAGCCGACGGCAGCUGAACCCUGCGGCGCAGGUGGUCAUGCUCCGCUUUCGUGAGUCCUCUUGA